AACUUCCAGACAGUCCUUCACUUGAUUUGACGUACCUAUGCCAAAGGUGUCAUACAAUUCCAAUCAAAACCAUUCAGCUAAAAUACAAUUAAUUCUUAAUUAGUUCUCACAUUCUAAAUUAAAUAGAUAUUUUUAGGACCUAAUCAAUCUCUAGCCUUUGCCAUGAUUCCCAAAUAAGCAGUUACCACCAAAGAGCUUCAAUAUGAUAGUCCAAGAGCCAGUGCAGGCAGCUAUUUGGCAUUGCUUGAAUCACUACGACUAUCCGGACGCUGUGUUUUUAUCAGAACGCUUAUACGCUGAAGUAAAAUCGGACGAAACUCUUUUCCUGCUGGCCACAGCUUAUUACAGGAGCGGUAAAACAACCCAAAGUUACGACGCUUUGAAGGAAAGGUACAGCUUGUCCACCCAAUGCCAGUUGUUAUUUGGAUUAUGUGCGUUUGAGCUAGAAAAAUUUGCAGAGGCUGAGGCUGCACUUGUAGAGCUCGAUGAUGGUACGAAAAGGUCUUUAGAUGAUAUCGUGACUGAUUUUGGGGAUGAAGCUCCCUUUGCUCUAGUGCUGCUAGGCAAAAUUGGCGCUCAGACUGAACGAAACCCCAGAGCCGCAGAAGCGUGGAAAAAGGCGCUGAAACUCAACCCGUUUCUGUAUUCGGCGUUUGAGGAACUGUGUAAAAUUGGCGAAAAUCCCAACCCCAAUGCGAUUUUUCAAGGAGAGAAUAUUGAUAAUGUAUCAAUGUGCCAUGGACAUUCAGUUAACAACAUUGAAAGCGUUAUUAUCACCCCCGCCAACCAGGGCGAGAUAGUGGAGAAUUCGAAGUUCACAGAUUUCACCCCCUAUAAAGCACUGACUAUAACUACCAACCUAAAACCUAAGGCAAUAACUUUUGCCACCCCUGACGAAAGCCCGUUAGCCAACCCCCUUACCAUGUCAGGACUUGCUCCCAUUAUCGUACGGCCCCGUAAGUCUCAGAAGAUGCGAAAUGAUUGCAGAAGAAAUGAGAGUCCCAGUUUUGGGCAAUUGUUCGACAACAGUGAGUGGCGAAACAAUGGAACUCCUGCUAUUACCGAAGUUAAUAAUUCCCUGUUAAUUCCAAAGAAAAUUAGUGCUCAGGAAGGAUCGUUGUUCAUAAGUAGAGCUAAAGACUCAAUUUUUCAAAAUAGCAAACCCGUUCUUAGUCAGUCUUCAAAUGUGCCAACAAAGACCCCGACUGGUUUAUUAAACACGCAACCAAAUCAAAACGUUCGACGGAGCUCCAGAUUAUUUAGUUCCCAUUCAGUAAAAGAGAAUAAUAAAUCGCCAACAAGAAAUAAAUUCGUCACCCCCAAAUCGCCCUCAAGGAAAACGAAGCAGCGGUUAACGAAAAAUAUCAGCAAGAACUUUCAGAACUUGGAGCAGGGACGGUCCGAAACAAUAACUUCGGACGCAAAAACCGAAAAAAACCUUUCCAACAGCAGCGGAGAAAACUGCAUCCAGCAAGCGAUGCUGUUGCAAAAACACAGUACAGAUGGUUUGAUGAACCUUCUGAGGACUAUUGGACAGGCAUACGUCGCUUUAAGUAGCUACGAGUGCCAAACUACGGUGCAGAUUUUGUCGUCCUUGCCCCUAAAUCAAUUCGAAACGUCGUGGGUGUACUGCUUGAUGGGAGUGGCUUAUUUCGAAAUGAGCGAUUAUGAGUCUAGCAUUAAAUAUUUCCAAAUGGUUCACUCUCAAGAUCCGCAUCGGCUCGAGUGCAUGGACAUCUACUCCACAGCUUUAUGGCAUUUGCAAAAAGAGGUAGCAUUAAGCGCACUCGCUCACGACCUGAUCAACACAAACAGGAACCAUCCGAUUACUUGGUGUGUGAGCGGAAACUGUUUUUCCCUACACAAAGAGCACGACACUGCCAUCAAGUUCUUUCAAAGAGCUGUGCAGGUGGAUCCAAAGUUUCACUACGCUUACACGUUGUUGGGACACGAAUAUAUAACAACGGAAGAGCUGGACAAGGCCAUGAGCUGUUUCUGGAAUGCUGUAAGGAUAAACCCGAGGCAUUACAAUGCUUGGUUUGGGGUCGGAACCAUUUAUUCGAAGCAAGAACGGUAUAGUUUGGCCGAGUGGAAUUAUAGUAGGGCGCUGUCGAUUAAUCCGAAAAGUUCUGUGAUUUUGUGCCAUAUUGGUAUGGUGCAACACGCUUUAAAGCAGACUGACAAAGCAUUAGCUACGUUUAAUAGAGCCAUUGCCAACAACCCAAAAUCGGCUCUAUGCAAGUUCCAUCGAGGCUCCAUAUAUUUCGCAUUGGGUCGUCACGCCGAAGCGCUUAAAGAGCUCGAAGAACUUAAAGUGAUUGUACCAAAAGAGUCGUCAGUUUACUACCUAAUAGGAAAAGUGCACAAAAAGAUGGGAAAUACGGAUCUGGCAUUGCAAUACUUCAGCUGGGCGACCGAUUUGGAUCCCAAGGGAGCCAGUAGUCAAAUAAAGGAGGCGUUCGAUCCGGCCAUUGGACUAAAUAACGAUCUUUUAGAAAGUCCACAAACACCCCCAACGCCAAUAUAUCCACCAGGCAGUAUCAAUUUAGGGAGCGAGGGGGAAAUGCACAAUCAUGGCAUGAUUUUCGAUGGCCCUGCAGAUGACAGUGUCGAUAGCGUAUUCGAUUAGACUUUAUAGUUAAUAAUUUACAAUUUAUGUACAAUUCGUGUUGAAACUUGUCUGGGCAUGUAGCUUUAUGUUAUUGCCAAAGUUCAUCCGACUCCAAAGAACAUAUACGAAAACCUAGAUAUUCGGAGCUUUAGUCAUUACAAUCCUGCACGAGAAACAAUUUGAAGUUAUGUGUCCUAAACUAGCGCCUCAUAUGUUAAUAUAAACCUGAAUAUUCCUCA